CGUGGCCGGUGUGGGAUGUGGGCGCGUACGAACCGCGCGGCGGAGGAGUUUUAUGCUCGUCUUCUGCAGGAAUUUAAUGACGAAAAGAAAGGAGUCUGUAAAGAUCCGUUCAUCUAUGAGGCUGAUGUCCAAGUGCAGCUGAUCAGCAAAAGCCAACCAAGUCUUCUGAAAACGAUUCUAAAUGAAGACGACUCUGUGUUUCUUGUGGAAAAAGUGUUUUUGGAGAAGGAAGAAACAAGUCAUGUUGAAGAACCACAAUCUGAAGAAACUGCUAUUUCUGAUAUCUCUACUGGUGAAAAUGUUAGGCCACUGGCCUUGCCAGUUGGGAGAGCAAGGCAGUUAAUUGGGCUUUAUACCAUGGCUCACAAUCCUAAUAUGACCCAUUUGAAGAUUAAACAGCCAGUUACUGCCCUUCCUCCUCUUUGGGUGAGAUGUGACAGUUCAGAUCCUGAAGGUACCUGUUGGCUAGGAGCUGAGCUUAUCACAGCAAAUGACAUCAUUACAGGAGUUGUCUUACAUGUGGUCACUUGUAAAGCUGAUAAAAAUUACUCUGAAGAUCUGGAAAAUCUAAAAAAUUUACACAAGAAACGACAUCACUUGUCUGCUGUAACAGCCAGAGGAUUUGCCCAAUAUGAGCUGUUUAAGUCCACUGAUUUGGAUGAUAUUGUCACCCCAUCACAAACUACAGUCACUUUGGAUCUUUCCUGGAGUCCUGUGGAGGAGAUUCUUCAAACCCCUCCCCUGUCUUCAACUGCAGCUCUGAAUAUCAGAGUACAAUCAGGAGAGCCCAGAAGUUGUUUGAAUCAUCUCCACAGGGAGCUGAAAUUUCUCCUGGUUUUGGCUGAUGGCUUGAGGACUGGUGUAACUGAAUGGCUUGAACCUCUGGAAACAAGAUCUGCUGUUGAAGUUGUGCAAGAAUUUCUGAAUGACUUAAAUAAACUAGAUGAAUUUGAUGAUUCUACAAAAAAAGAUACACAAAAAGAGACAGUGAACCAUGAUGCAGCUGCAGUUGACAGAUCUGUGCUUAUCACAGUGCGAGAGGAUCUUGAUUUUGCUGAACAGCUUUGGUGCAAAAUGAGCAGCAGUGUGGUUUCAUAUCAAGACUUGGUGAAGUGUUUCACGUUGAUCCUGCAGAGUCUGCAGCGUGGUGAUAUACAGCCUUGGUUGCAUAGUGGGAGUAACAGUUUACUAAGUAAGCUCAUUCAUCAGUCUUACCAUGGAGCCAUGGACAGUGUCCCUCUCUCUGGAACUACUCCACUUCAAAUGCUUCUGGAAAUUGGUUUGGACAAACUAAAGAAAGAUUAUAUCAGCUUUUUCGUCAGUCAGGAACUUGCAUCUUUGAAUCAUUUGGAAUACUUCAUUUCUCCGUCAGUAGCUACACAGGAACAGGUUUAUCGUGUUCAGAAACUCCACCAUAUUCUAGAAAUACUAGCCAUCUGUAUGCUUUUCAUUAAACCUCAGCAUGAGCUUCUCUUUGCUUUAACACAAUCCUGCAUAAAAUACUACAAACAAAAUCCUCUGGAUGAGCAACAUGUUUUUCAGUUGCCAGUCAGACCAGCUGCUGUAAAGAAUCUGUAUCAAAGUGAGAAGCCACAGAAAUGGAGAGUGGAAAUAAGCAGUAGUCAGAAGAAGGUGAAAACAGUGUGGCAGCUGAGUGAAAGCUCUCCUCUAGAUCAUUCCAGUUUUCACAAGCCUGAUUUGUCUGAGUUGACACUGAAUGGUAGUCUGGAAGAAAGGGCCGCUUUCAUUAAUAUGGUUACCUGCAGCCAGGUGCACUUCAAGUAACACGUGCUGAGGGUCCCUGCGAGCACAAACCAAAAAAGAAGCGGGGAGAAAGAUAAUCUUCAGAGCCUAAAAAAUAGACAUUACAUAAGUUUUUGAAGCAGAAAAGAAGUGUGCUCCUGAAGAUUCUCUGACAGAUGAAGGUGGAGAUGAGAUCCCGUCUCAGCUGUGGCUUCUGAGGAGGAGUGUUAGCAUCAGGGCAGCAAUGAGGAUGGAGAGGGCACAGACUGUGGGUACCACAAUCUCCGAAGCCACAUGCAUGUGCCUAAGCAAGGGCUCUGAAACGGACAGAGAACAUUCCUCCAGAAGUGAACUUGGUUUUGAAGCAAAAACUAGAGAAGAGGUACCACUGUGGAUUUUUUUGUUUUUGUUUUUAUAUUUUUUGGGGGGAGGAACUCUGUAGACCAGACUGACCUCCAGCUCGAAGAUCUGCCUGCUUCUGCCUCCCAAGUGCUGGGACUAAAGGUGUGCACCACCACCACCCAGUUUACCACUGUGGUAUCUAAUUGUCCACAUUUUUUUUUAAAAAAGGAACCAAGCUAGUAAAUCAAACCUAUUUUGAAAUGGUGUUCUGGGGGCAUAGUGCCAAGGUGGAACAUUCACUUGGCGUGCAGAGCCCUGGGGAAUCCCUACCAUCACACAAAACUUACAUGAGAGCUGGAAGUGUCACAGAAAAUCUGAGAAUGCCUAGAUUUGGUUCUUUCACUGGAACUUCUGUGAGCCUAAAUAUAGAUAAUAUUUAUGCUGGCAUUAAUUUGAAAAUAUUAGCACCCUUAUUCCAUGGAUCCUCUAGAUUUUUACUGAGUAACUUGUAAAAGAACCCUUUUGGCUGGGUGUGGUGGUGCAUGCCUUUAGUUCAGCACUGGAGAGGCAGAAGCAAGCAUGGUCUACAGAGGGAGUUCCAGGACAGCCAAGGCUACAAAGAGAAACCCUGUCUCAAAAGAAAAAAAUAAAGAAUCCACUGGAAUCAUUUCUAA